AACCGUAGUAAAUCUGCCCCUAGGUUUACUAAAGAAUCUUUAAACUAUUAUACUUAAUAAUUUAAACUAUUAAACUACAAUAGCAUUGUUUGUCUCCAACAUCAUAGCUGGGAUCGAGGACAAGGUACAGUUUUAUUAUUACAGAGAAAAAAUUUAAUUUUGAAUUCAAGAUUAAUAUUAAUUAAUUAUAUGAUUAAUAUUGAGAGGAUUGGAGGAUGGCAACCCUGCUGUGCAACUCUGCAGUGCGGAGGAUGGGGGUGCAGGGACUUUUCAGGGCAGGUACCAAUGUAGUUUUGGGUGGGGGAAGGUAAUUGGUUAAAAUUUUGUUCUUUUUUGGCAGUCAAAGCAAAUGCCUGAUUUUUGCUUAAAAAAAAGGAACAGCAUUAAAUAUAUUUUGCAGUGACAAAUGUAACGUGUCAGUACACAGAUUUUCAAGUACACUUUGUACAACUUAUUUUGAAAAGCAAAAAAAAAAAACAUUGCUACCAAAACAUGGUUAGUACCCUAAACCAGUAGCAGUGCCAGCAGUGCAAAAAUUCAGAAAGCCAGCACAGCUGCACAAUUCACAAACGCAUGCACGUGGGUCUAUUCAUGUUUGCAUCAGUUUAUACCGGGACAUGAAGCAGCCUUCACUAAGCUGCAAAGACUUUGUUUCCAGCCAGACUGAUAUAUUGCAGUACUCAGAAGCAAUGUCCCUGUUAACCCGCUCAUUACCAGCCGGCUAUUCAAAUGAAUUCUGCCUUUCCCCUUCAUGAAACAUACACUGUACACUGACUUUGCAAUAACCACAUAAUGCUUGGAUAUGUACAUUUGAUUUCAUUUGGGGAUACAUACCCACAUAGGUUAUUUAUCUAUUACUUAGAUUUUUCUAUAUAAUCUUCACAUUCUAUACUAUUUUUGACAGUGAAAUUCACCCCUUUUCAAGAGGAAUGCUCAGGGGUUGCUGGGUGUUAUACAUAACACAAACUUGUACUAGAUACAUUCCACAAACACACAUAGUAUACAUUACUAACAAAACAAAUUAAUAAUAAAAUAACACGCAAAACGUUUAAUUUGUUGUGCUUUGAAACUAUUAGCGUUUGUUUUAUAAGGAUUAAAGUAAAGCACUAUCCAUUCCUUCAAGUAAAGCAUUGCCCAUUCCUUCAUAAUGUUGGUCUGCUUGCUUCUUAUAAGUGUGCACUUGGAUCCUAUAUUAUUAUUAGAUUAUUUUUGUUUAUAAUGCUGUAACAUAUUCCUCAUCACUGUACUAUAGCAGUGCGUAUGCAUCAAUAUGACAUACAAUGCUGUUUGAUACGGGAGGUAAGAGGAUCUGGCUAGAGCUUACAAUCUAAAAAGUAUAACCAACAUACUGUAUAACCAUAUUCCCUCCUUUAGAUUUGCACGAUGUAGCACUAUGAAUAUCAGUUUUAAUUAUACAAGCUGGAAUAGCAAUAGUGGGGGGGGGGAUCAGUUUCCAGGUGUUGCUACAAUUCCCAGCCCUCAGUCUCACAGUGGGAUUUGGGAGUUGUAGCUAAAUAACAUCUAAAUGAAUACAGGGUGGCAUUCUCUUUUCAAAAGUUAAAAAGUGGGGGAAAAUGUCUGUGUAGAUCUUUGGCAAUGCGAACAGGACAAUCUGACUGCCCUUAGGAAUCCUUGUCAGCUGAGCAGAAAAUGACUUUAAUCCUUGUUUUCCCUUGCCUGCCCCUGUGGACUGCUGCUGCUGUGAGUAAGCACUGAAGGGACGCAUGCAGUCACAAGCCUGUCACAAUGCUAAGAGCAGAUCAGAGGUUGAUGAGGAGAGCAAGACUUUUCUCAACAAAACUUUUCUGAAGCUGAUCUCACCCCCCCACACACACCUUUUGAUUCCUUUUGCAUGCUGGUAAUUUCUACUUUGUUUCCCUACCCUGUAUAAACUAUAACUUGUACUUGCUCAACCACAGUGCAGACAGGACUGAACAUCAGGGGGAAGCAGGACACAUUCUUUCCAGGUUAAGCUAAGGAGAAGGAUAUUGGGUUAAGAUGGAGUUCCUCUGGUUAGGAUGACGUUUUAAUGCCACUGGAAUCUCAUAUACUAUACAUAUAUAUACUUGGUGGAGGAGGGGAGAGCACAAAAGUGAAGGGAGGGUUUAAGGGUAGUGAGGAGGGAGGGGGAGAUGAGACACUCAGGAACUAUGAAAGCAACACUUCCCUUGGAAAAAAUGACCAUUCAGUGUGAGUCUGAUCUGCUGUGACAGUCACUUACGAGCAUUUUUCUUUUCAUGUUUUUUUUUUUUUUUGCUCAUUUCCACUCUGGCUGGUUAGUCUCAGCCCCGGACAAUUAACAGCUGAAGAAAAUAUGACAGGACACACGCAAAAGAGGUUGGGAGAUAGAAGGGAAGGAAUGCACCAGAGCGGAGACACAACUGACUUUGCCUUCUUGUAGAAACUGCCAGAUAUUUUUCCCCCUGGGUGUCCCUCUCCCACCUCUAAUGUAUUUAUUAUUAUUUUUUUUUUUUGAGCACUGUGUGUUGAAGGCCAGAAGUGAGAUCUGACAGAGAGCCCAGAGCAGCUCAUGGCCAUCCGAUGUACACUUGUAAAUUGCACUUGCGAAUGUUUCCAGCCUGGGAAGAUUAACGUAAGAACCUGUGACCAGUGUAAACAUGGCUGGGUUGCUCAUGCUUUGGACAAGCUCAGUACGCAACACCUCUACCACCCUACACAAGUUGAAAUCGUACAAUCCAAUGUGGUGUUUGACAUUAGCAGCCUUAUGCUGUAUGGCACACAGGCUGUGCCUGUGCGACUCAAAAUUCUCCUGGACCGGCUUUUCAGUGUCCUGAAACAAGAAGAAGUACUACAUAUCUUACAUGGUCUGGGAUGGACAUUACGGGACUAUGUCCGUGGAUACAUACUUCAGGAUACUACUGGCAAAGUCCUGGACCGCUGGGCUAUUAUGUCGAGGGAAGAGGAGAUCAUCACACUCCAGCAGUUCCUCAGGUUUGGAGAGACCAAAUCCAUUGUGGAGCUCAUGGCCAUCCAAGAGAAAGAAGGGCAGGCUGUGGCUGUGCCCUCGUUAAAAGUAGACUCUGACAUAAGAACUUUUAUUGAAAACAACAACCGCACCAGGAGCCCAAGUGUUCUCUCCCAAAUGGAGAACAGCAACCCUUCCAGCAUUCACCACUUUGAAAACAUGCCCAAUAGCCUUGCUUUUUUGCUUCCAUUCCAAUAUAUCAAUCCAGUAUCUGCUCCUAUGCUUGGAUUGCCUCCAAAUGGCCUCAUGCUGGAGCAUCCAGGACUGAGGUUACGUGAACCCAGCAAUUCCAAUCAAAAUGAAUGUGAAGAGACAAGUGAGUCUGAAGUCUCCCCAAUGCCUUAUAACAUAAAUGAGCAACCAUCUAGCAGAAAUGCCUUGAGUAGCAUCACAAAUGUAGAGCCAAAAACAGAGCCAAGCAAUGCCUCUCCCUCUCAACCUACUACACCAGAGAAUGAGCUAAAUAAAUCUGAAUACACCAAAACUUCCUUCAAGUUUCAUAGAAUGAGAAGAAUGGGUUCUUCAUCAAGGAAAGGCAGGGUAUUUUGCAAUGCAUGUGGCAAAACUUUCUAUGACAAAGGAACCUUAAAGAUCCACUAUAAUGCAGUUCAUCUUAAAAUUAAACACCGAUGUACCAUUGAUGGCUGUAACAUGGUUUUCAGCUCCCUCAGAAGUCGCAACCGGCACAGUGCAAACCCAAAUCCCCGGCUACACAUGCCGAUGUUAAGGAACAAUAGAGAUAAAGAUUUAAUUCGUGCAACAUCAGGGGCUGCUACACCUGUAAUAGCAAGUACAAAAUCCAAUCUAACAUUGACUAGCCCUGGCAGACCUCACCUGGGUUUUUCAACCCCUCCUCUUGACCCUAUAUUGCAAAACACACUUUCCAACCAGCUUGUAUUUCCAGCUUUAAAAACUGUGCAGCCUGUUCCUCCCUUUUACAGAAGUCUAUUAAACUCGGGAGAUAUGGUAAGCCCCCCAACAUCACUACCUACUAGUCCUAUAAUGCCAUCAUCUUUAGGAGUGGAACAGCCUCUUCCUCCUCCUCCAUCUCUACCUCCACCCUCAGAGUUAUCAGGGUCUGUGACUGGUAUAACAACACAAGAUUCUAAUACAGACCAAGCACCUAAAAAGAAACCCCGUAAGUCUAGCAUGCCUGUUAAAAUUGAAAAGGAAGUCAUUGAUACGGCAGAUGAGUUUGAUGAAGAAGAUGAAAAUAUUGACCAUGGUCUAAUGACAAAUGACAUUGGUCACGACAGUCAUUCCCAAGAUGAUAUGAGUCCUGGAUUGUCUGUGAAUAGUUUUUCAAAAAAUGGUGGAAACAGGUGUAUAAGGAGGACAGACACAAGGGCCAAUAGUGUAACUUCUGAAGAUCAGGAGCAUGAGAGAGAUUUUGACAAUGAGUCAGAGUCUUCUGAGCCAAAGUUUUAUGAUGAACCCAUGGAAGAUGACCGCUUUCCUCUUCCUAAAGAAAACAGUAUAAGGUCUAUGAUGGACAAUGAUAAGUCAUAUGAAAAUCACAUUGGCUGUCAUCAACAAGCUGUUAUAAAGGUGAAAGAAGAGUUUACAGAUCCUGCCUAUGACAUGUUUUAUAUGAGCCACUAUGGACUAUACAAUGGGAGCAGUGCCAGCAUGGCUGCUCUGCAUGAAAGUUUAGCUUCUUCUUUGAACUAUGGAAGCCCUCCAAAAUUCUCUCCAGAGGGUGACUUAUGCUCAAGCCCAGAUCCUAAAAUCUGCUAUGUGUGUAAAAAGACUUUUAAGAGCUCAUACAGUGUUAAACUGCAUUACAAAAAUGUCCAUUUAAAAGAGAUGCAUGUCUGCACUGUGACUGGCUGCAAUGCUGCUUUCCCCUCAAGAAGAAGUAGAGACAGACACAGUUCCAACAUUAAUCUCCAUCGCAAAUUGUUGACUAAAGAACUGGACGAGAUGGGGCUGGACUCCUCUCAGCCUGCACUCCGUGAUGAGUUCUUGGCAAAGAUCUAUGGUGGUCAGCAUCCCUUGGGGCUAGAUAUUAGAGAAGAAACUACAUCUCCAGUCGGAACAGAGGAUUCCCACAUCAAUGGCUAUGGACGAAGCCUAGCAGACGACUACAUGGUCUUAGAUUUAAGCACGGCAUCCAGCGUCCAGUCCAGCAGCAGCAUUCAUUCCUCUAGGGAGUCUGAUGUUGGCAGUGAUGAGGGCAUUCUCUUGGAUGACAUAGAUGGGGCAAGUGACAGUGAGGAGUCAUCUUACAAAGCUGAUGCUGGUCCACAUGUCACUGGACAAGGAUGUGAUGGAAUGGAACCUUCCAUGUACUACAGCUCUGCUGUGAGCAAUGGUGGGAUAAUGUGCAACAUUUGUCACAAAAUGUACAGCAACAAAGGGACUCUGCGGGUACAUUACAAGACUGUGCACUUACGAGAAAUGCACAAGUGCAAAAUUUUGGGGUGCAACAUGAUGUUCUCUUCCGUACGCAGCCGUAACAGGCACAGUCAGAAUCCUAACCUCCAUAAAAACAUUCCUUUUCAUUCUGUGGAAUAGUUUCCAGAUGGACACUGCAAAUCCCAUCUCUGGCAGGGCACACACCUGAACUGCUCUAUAUUUAUAUAUAAACGUACAUAUAUUAAAAUGUAUAUGUAUGUUGUAUAUCUAUAUAUAAAAAUCUAGAUAUAUAUUCUUUUUUAACUAAAAGGUAAAAAAAAAAACACUAGGUGCUUUUUUAUUUUCAAUUGGGGAUGAAAUUACCCUCAAGAGGACUACAUGAAAAAAAAAAUCACAACAAACAACCCAUUUUGUUAUGGAAUGAAGUCCUUGUUUAUCUCCAGAGAUAGUGUCUUAAUAUACCAGUGACUGUUGCUUGCAAAAGAAAAUACAAAAUGUCAAAAAAAAAAAUCCAAGACUUGUUUUCCACAGGUCAGUGUGUAUUCUGGGGGAAGACUCAAACAAGCAUGGCAGGUCCACCUGUAAAUAUGAAGCUACAAUGGGUGGACAUUAAUUAACAAUUGUCUCGGUGGUUGUGGAGCUAGGGUCCCUUUUUGCAACUCCAUCCAAAUUGUAUGCAGUAAAAUAGAUACUUUUUAGCUUUUGUCAUUUGUUUUCGCUUUAAUGCACAUUUUGCAACACAAACCCCCGAAAACACAUCCAUGUUUUUAACUACCUUCUAAAUCUAGAUUUACCCCGGUGUUGCACGGUUACAGCACUAACAAUGAAUUGAUAUUUUCUUUUGUCAUUUAAAAUUAUUUGUGUAAAAGCAGUCAUGCACUUUGUUCUCCAAACACUAUGUAGUCCUAUCCUUCUUUUUUUUACCCUUCAGUGUCAAAGGACAUUCCCACCAGGCACCAUAAUACUGCUUAAGGUACUGAAGUAGCUCAAGCCAUUCACUGUAGAUGCUUUGGCUAAAGAGGACAGGUCAGUGAAAGGGCAUGGUUGCCAAAUAAAAAUAAAAGUAUUAACAGAGUUUUGCAAAAUACUAGAGAGGAAAACUGCCAAGUUUGCACAUGUCAAGUGAAUUUCAUAAAAAUGCUGUUAAGCUGCAAGCCAUAUUUUGUCAGCCUCCAGAAAAAGAUAAACUUAAGUAUUACAGAAAAAUAACUUACAGUAAAAUAAAAUGAUUUUUUUUUAUCUGGAAUCCAGAAAAUGCUCAUAUUCAUAUUGCACAGUUAGAAUUUGGGGCCACACAUAGUAGGUGGAGCACUUGAUGUUAUGAAAUCAAUAAGGUCUGGGAUGGAGUACUGCAACAUCAUUAUGACUUGUAUUGUGUUUAUUUGUAUACUGUGGCCAACCCAUGUAGACAUAAAUAAUAUUUCUUCAUAUCCCAUCAAGUACAGUGAUAAUGGGGUGUUGUCAGCUGACGACUGUAUACAGCCACACAGUUAGAAAAAGAUUUUUCAAUCGGCGCAUGAUUUAUCAUAAUUUUAUGGCUUCUACCUGUGUAGAACUGACAUUUUUAACACAAUUAUCCUUAAUAUAGGAUGACAGUUUCUAGCUUGGAAAAUUCUCAGUAAGCUGCUAUAAUAACAUUGAAGGAUGUAGCUUAAUAGGUCAAUUAAAGAAAGCAAAUCACUCUUAAAUUAUAAUUAAUAGACGUAUAUUUUAUGGGACAACAACAUUCCAAACAACUUUUAACGAGGUACAAGUCAUUGAAUGCAAGAAAGUUGAACUUAGACUCAAUACUGGUUAUUUAAUGGGCUCAGGCAGUGCUAGUUAUAGCUAACAGGCCUCAUAACUGGAAUAAUUAGCUGACUAAACAGGCUCUCGCCUGUUAAAGAGCUUUACCUGCAUUUUCACAUCAGGUAAAAUAGAUUAUGUUACAUGGCCCUUACAUUGGGUAGAGAUUGUAAUAGAUCCAGCUGUGGUUAGCAGGGCCUUGUGACCUUACUGCUCUUCCAUUGAUCCCCACAUCAGGACACACAGACCAGAAAUGCUCAUAAUGAUGAUGAAGGCACAUGCUUGACCUCAGAUGGAAACAUUCCUGUCUGCAGUGGGAAAUUAAAAAGGAAGUAUAUCAGUAUAUAAAUGUUUCUAGAUUUCCUGAGGGAUUUUACAGAAAACAACACUUAGAAAUAUAUUACAAAGCGCAAGGCACUUUCUGAAAACCUUUAUAUUUGUUUCCGGUGUUUACGCAUUUCGACUGAGCUGGUAAGCCACAAUUCCUGCUUGCAAGACCACCAACUGUACAAGCAGAAGGAUAUUUACACAAGUUCACCAUUCUGCCAAACCUAGAGAUUUUUUUUUUUUUUUUAUAAAUGUUGUAGCCUCUUUCAGCCUGUUUUCCACAUGAUACCUCGAUAUACAAUAUGAGCUUAUAAAGUUUCUUGUGUAUUACAGUAUCUUUCUGCAUCUGAAUGUCAUGUUUUUAGGUUACAGCAUUAUAUGUUAUAAUUAUCCAUGCCUUCAUUUUUUUUAAGUGUUUAAGCAAAUGUCUCAUGUUUGCCAAAGGAGUUUAUUAUAUGCAUCCUAAUUGUUUUAUUUUUACUUUUUGCUCUUAUUUGAUGUAUUGUACAGAGCACUUGUUAUGGAUUCAAAACAUAUGCAUUGCUAGCAGACAAGACAGUAUUUACAUUGACACUGAUUGCUAAAACCUUGCUUUGUUAGCAAAGAACUCUUGAAAAAUGCCCAAAAGGAAUGAUCAUUUUUGUUUCUUUCUGGGUGCAUAGUGAUUAAAGACUGAAAAUACUUGUGAAAUCAGUAAAAAGACUUUUUCUUAAUUUAACGUUACAUAUGUCCGACCCUAAUGUUUACUGAGAAAAGCUGAGGAAUUUUUUGAUGACCUUUUUUUUUUUUUUUUUAAAUUGUCACUGAGUUUUAAGUACUACUCUCGGUUCAAAUGAAUAGCAUUCAGCUUAGUUUUUAUACUGUUCAUGUAUACUGUAUGUGUUUGUUUAAUUGCAACCGGAUUAAGUAAAGUGUACUCUUCUUGCCGAGAUUGUACGUGUGUUGGUGAUAACAUUCCGUUACACUGCCCUUGGCCUGACCUUCAAAAGCUGAAAUGCAAUAUUAUCUUUUAAAAAGAAUAUGAACAAUUUUCUCAAAGACACAGUUUUCACUGUAUGAUACAAACAUGUUUUAAUAAUAAAAGGAAAAAAAUGGUGAUA